AGCGAACCCGAGUCGUAGACUGCACGUAUUUCAUUUGGGCUUUGGUGCAAGCCAAGCCAAGAAUGAAGAUUAUGAUGAUCACUCUGCUACUCUUUUUCUCUGCACUGCCUGCUCAUACGAUUGAGCAUUCUUAUCAUUCUGAUGAACAAGCUCUCAUGGGUUUCAAGGCUUUUCCCCUUUUGGAUCCAUUUAAUUCCUUGCUCGAUUGGUCUCCCAAUCACACCACCUGCAAUUGGACUGGUGUUAUCUGCUCUUCUCGCCGACAGCGUGUGGUUUCCCUGAAUCUCACAGGUAUGGGAUUACUUGGUCCAAUCUCUCCCUUUCUGGGAAAUCUUUCCUUCCUUAGAGUACUUGAUCUCUCUAUUAAUAACUUAGAGGGCCAUAUUCCAUACCAAAUCGGAAAGCUUUUUCGCUUGAGAAUGCUCGAGUUGUCUCGUAACAAUUUGGAAGGUCCCAUUCCAUCCUCUCUAGGAGACUGUCGUUCCUUACAAUCUCUUAACCUGUCGUUUAACAAUUUAAGUGGAAGCAUUCCCUCUGAAUUUAGUCUUCUUUCAAAUUUAGAUACCAUGGCAUUAGGAAUAAACAAAUUGACAGGCGUUAUCCCAGCUUUCUUAGGAAACUUGUCCCUUUUAUCUGCCAUAAAAUUGCCCGAAAAUAAACUCCAAGGUGGCAUUCCUUCUGAGUUGGGUAUGCUUAGUAGACUAAAUUGGCUUAGUCUUCACACCAACAACUUAACAGGGCCGAUCCCCAUAGCCAUUUCCAAUUGCACCCGUCUACAAAUGUUGCAGCUAUAUCAAAACCACUUGAGCGGCCCAAUUCCAUGGGAGUUUGGAAGGCUAUCAAAGUUGCAAGCAGUGUAUUUGUGGGGAAACCAACUCACUGGGAAAAUACCCACCUCAGUGGGUAACUGGACUCAGCUGCAAGUGCUCUAUUUGGAGCGCAACAAACUGAGCGGCACAGUGCCCCUGGAAUUUGGUAAAAUGCAGCAGCUGAGACGGUUUGUUUUGUGGCAAAAUCAUUUUGUGAGUGGAAGCAGUGGAUUAUCUAUUAUAACAGCGUUAACUAAUUGCUCCAGCUUGGAAACUCUUGAUUUGGGACUUAAUUAUCUCACUGGCAUCUUGCCCACAUCAGUUGGGCGCCUAUCAAAUUCACUGUAUUUUCUAGCAUUGAACGUAAAUGAAAUUGGGGGAAACAUUCCAGAGGAGAUUGGUAAUCUCACAAACUUGGCAACAGUAACCCUAGAAGUAAACCGAUUCAAUGGGACCGUUCCAUUUACACUUGGUAAACUUCCAAAUCUGGAGAGGUUAUAUCUGGAUGCAAACAAUUUACAAGGAAAGAUUCCAGAAAGUUUUGGCCUAGCAAAAAGGCUUGGAUCGUUAUCAAUCAGUCAGAACAUGCUUUCAGGGCAAAUUCCAGAUAGUCUGGGCGACCUUCCACAAUUACGAAGACUUGAACUUCAUCACAAUCAGCUGUCUGGGAAAAUACCAGCUAGUUUAGGAAAUUGUGAGGCGUUGGAAAUGGUGGACUUUACCCACAACAAACUAACAGGAAAUAUACCUCCUGAAGUUGCAGGUCUUCAGAAUAUUCAGUUAUAUUUCAAUGUGUCCAGUAAUUUAUUGGAGGGCUCUAUUUUGGAAAUGAGCAAAAUGGUUAUGGCUUUAGCUAUAGAUUUAUCCCACAACAACUUCUCUGGCAGCAUUCCAAGUGUACUAGAAAGUUGCAAGGAGUUAGAAUAUUUAAAUCUUUCAAAGAAUGCAUUUGAGGGUCGAAUUCCAGAAUCACUGGCAAAUCUGCAAAAUCUUCAGUACAUGGAUCUUUCUUGCAAUAAUUUGUCAGGUACAAUACCUGAAGCUUUCCAAAAGAUGAAAAUGCUCCAGCAUCUCAAUCUCUCUUCAAACCAGUUAACUGGAGAGGUCCCAAAGGCAGGAGCUUUUGCAAAACUUGAUGCCUCGGAAAUUAAGGGAAAUCUUGGCCUCUGCGGUGGAUGGAUUAACUUGCCGCCAUGCUCUCAUUCCCAUCACAAACAGCCAUCAGUCUCCAAAAAGGUGAUAAUUCCUAUUGUAGUUGGUGUUGCAAUUCUGUUCAUAUCUCUUGUAUUGGUAGCAUUCUCCUAUAUAUGCAGACGUUCCAACGCCCCUGCUCUCAAAAUAUGGCCUCCAAAAAUUUCAUAUCAAGAACUUGUAGAUGCAACUAGUGGGUUCAGUGAUCAAAAUCUUCUAGGAAUUGGCAGUUUUGGGUCAGUUUAUAAAGGGAUUUUAAAUGAUGGCACAAAUAUUGCUGUUAAAGUUCUCAAGUUGCAAGAUGAACAUGAUCAUCAAAGUUUCAGUAGAGAAUGCAAUAUAUUAAAGAGAGUUCGACAUAAGAAUGUAAUUAAAAUCAUUUCAGCAUGCUCCAACCUUGAUUUUAAGGCCUUAAUUCUUCCACUCAUGUCAAAUGGAAGUUUAGAGAGAUGGUUGUAUCCUUCGGAAGGGGAUAGAUGCAGAUUAAAUUUGAGUGAUCGAAUAAGGAUAGCAAUGGAGAUAGCAGAAGGAAUGGCAUAUCUUCACCAUUAUUGCUUUGUUCAAGUGAUUCACUGUGACCUCAAGCCCAGCAAUGUCUUAUUAGGAGAUGACAUGAGUUCAUAUAUAGCUGAUUUUGGCAUUUCCAGACUUAUUUUCGACAAUUCCAUGGAUUCUUUGACUUCUACAGAUGCACUUAAAGGAUCUAUUGGUUACAUUGCACCAGAGUAUGGAAUAGGUGGAAAUCUUACUACAAAAGGAGAUGUAUAUAGUUAUGGAAUUUUAGUUUUAGAGUUGUUGACAAGGAAGAAACCAACAGAUGAUAUGUUCAGUAAAGGACUUAAUCUACAAAAAUGGGCAGAAAUGAACUUUCCAAAUAGAAUCACAGAUUUAGUGGAUAAUUGUUUCCUUACAGAUGUUCAUGAAUCUGAGAAAUCAAUGGCAAUGGAAUGCCUUAUUCAAUCUGUACAAAUUGGUUUAUUUUGUACAAGGGAAUCACCUCAAGAGCGUCCUAAUAUGAUAGAGAUAGUUGAGAGAUUAAAUACAAUCAAAACUACAUUUCUUGGUAUGCCAAAAACUAUUCAAUUACCAGUAGAUAUUUCACCUUUUCUGGACAAUAGAAAAGGUAUAAAUAUGGAUGGCUGGUCUACAUCUACGUCCUAGGUCUAAAGUUAUUACUCUCGUUUUGUUUGU